AUGGCCUCACCAUUGGAUGAAUAUCGUAAAAAGGCUACAAUCAAAUCUCACGAGCUGAAAGAUGUAGUGGAAGGUGAGGAUAAUGUGAAAAUCAAGGAUCAAAUCUACGAAGCGCUCAGAAAGGACCCCCUAUUUGCUCGUAACUACGAUCGACCAUCGCUCGAACAGCUCAGGGAAUUGAACCAUCGGCGUUGGAAACGGAUUGUCGAGCUGAAACUACCGCUUGAUCAAUACAGUGACCCCCAAGGCUACCAAUGCCUUAUGGAAGUACUCGAAACAUACGACCAAGGCUUGUCAGCCCGCCUAGCUCUGCACUCGUCGGUAUUUGGCAUGGCGGUAGCAUCAAUGGGUACCAAGCGACAUGACGAUAUCUUGGAGAAAACCAGAAGGAACGAGAUAGUUGGCUGCUUUUGCCUCACCGAGCUUGGUCACGGGUCUAAUACUCAAGAAAUCCAAACCACAGCAACCUUUGAUAAUGGCGAAUUCGUUUUCAACUGCCCGUCCGAGCAGGCUAUCAAAUGUUGGGCUGGAAACUUAUCUCAUUCUGCAACCCAUGCGGUCGUAUUCGCUCAACUCUAUAUCCAAGGCAAAUGUGAAGGAGUGCAUGCGUUUGUAUUGCAAGUCAGAGAUCCAGUAACGUUCGAGCCGCUUCCCGGAAUCGUCAUUGGUGAUAUGGGCGAGAAGCCUGGAGCAUGGAAUGGAGUCGAGAAUGGCUGGAUGGAGUUCAAGAAUCUUCGCGCUCCACUGUGGACUCUACUGAAUAAGGGCUGUGAAGUAACAGCCACUGGUAAAUAUGUGUCCAGCUAUAAAACGUCUGCUGAGCGACAGUCCGUCAGCUUGGGAGCGUUGUCGAUUGGAAGGAUUGGCAUCAUCGGUAAAGGUGUCAUAGCAAGUGGUUUGGCUGCAACUAUUGCCAUUCGUUACAGCGCUUGUCGGCGUCAAUUUGGCGAAACCAAAGGAGAUGAGCUCCCAGUCAUCGAGUACCCACUCCAACAACAUCGUCUGUUUCCCUACUUGGCUGGACAUUUUGCCAUUCGGUUAUUUCAUAAAAAGCUUAUGGAGCACUUCACGAAUUACAUCAUACGCAUGAUGCAAAACGAGAAGUCUGACGAGCUGAUGGAAUUCUCAAAGGAGAUUCAUGCCCUCUCAGCAGCUGCAAAACCUGUGUCGACAUGGUUUGGUGUUGAAGCACUUGGUGAAGCACGACGAGCAUGUGGAGGACAUGGUUUUCUACACAGUUCACGACUGAACGAACUACGUGACAGCUUUGAUCCAUCACAGACAUUUGAAGGGGAAAACUACAUGAUUUUGCAACAAACCAGUAAUAUUUUGCUUCAAAAGGCUCGAAAUCCAAGAACCCCUACACCGAUGUGCACAUUCGAUUGCCUCUAUGACACACCAAAACUCUUCAAUAUAAUAGAUGCGUAUAAAUGGCUGAUCCAUUACUAUGUCAAGCAAACCGCAGCCGAUCUUGCUGACGAGAUCGAAAGCAGGAAAAAAUGCACAUUUUCGGCUCGUAACAACGUCCAGGUACAUAGAGCUCAACAGCUUUCCAUUGCCUACGCUGAAUUAACGAUCAUCGACUGGAGUCGACAAUUUGUCGAUGAAGUAGAACAACUCCCAAUCAAAAAAGUAAGUAUCUAG